AUGGAUCAAUUUUUGAACAUUUUCAAGCAUAAUUUUAACAAAGCUUUUCCACAAAGGAAAUCAAAAAGUCACAGCAGUCCAGAAUUUAUUAAUUAUUUCAAAAAAUACAAGCUAGUUUUGAAACGUGUAGUAAAAGAGGCAAAAAUUAAGGAAAAUGACAAAUAUAUUAUGAAGUCAACCAAUAAAACUAAGUCCAUGUGGAAAGCUGUGCAGGAUCUUAUGGGGAAGAAAACAACUCACAAAAAUAUUGUGAUAUCACAUGAUGGCAAGAAUGUCACUGACCCUAGGGUAGUUGAAAACAGUUUCAAUUCUUACUAUGCAACUGUUGCUGGAAAAUUAGUGAAGGAAAAAUCUGGAAAUCCACCUAAUACAACAUGGAAAGAACUUUCAUCUAUUGAAAUAAAUAAUAUAUCCAUGUUCUUCAGUCCAGUAAGCCCAACAGAGCUCCUAAAUACCAUUAAUUCACUGAAGAGUAAGUAUUCAACAGGUAUUGAUGAUAUUCCAGAUUAUAUUAUAAAAAUAACAUCAAGACAAAUACUUUCACCUUUAUUGGACACAUGCAAUUCAUCCUUAUCAUGUGGUGUCUUUCCUCAGCAACUGAAAAUGGCAAAAGUAAUACACCUAUAUAAAAAAGGUUAUCAUCAAUGUAUGGGUAACUAUAGGCCUGUGUCUCUAUUGGCAGGGUUUUCAAAAAUUAUUGAAAAAGUGUUCCUUUCAAAACUAAUUACAUUCUUCGGCAAGCAUAAUAUUAUUUCUGGAUGUCAAGAUGGCUUCAGACCACAGAGUGGACAUCCACAGAAAUAUCUCAGGUUUAUUCUUGGACCUAAAAAAAGCUUUUAUGUGAUUGAUCAUUCUAUACUCCUGAGGAAACUUGAAUGGUAUGGUGUAAGAGGUGUUCUAAAUCAGUGGAUUAAACCAUAUUUGGAAUAUCGCUCUCGGGUAACUGAAAUUAAGUACAUGGAAGGAAAUGAACUCCAGAUACACCUUUCAGAACCAUGUGGACUAAGUCACGAUAUUACAAAAGGAGUGUCUGAAUGGUUUACCAGAAACAGGCUAAUAGUUAAUACCCAAAAAACAGUACUCAUGAAUUUCCACACUGAUCAAAAUAAAAAUCUGGCACAACCUGUAAUAUGUAUAGAUAACCAAAACAUUAGUGCUGUCAAUGAAAAUAAGUUUCUUGGGAUUCACAUCCAGGAAAAUCUUAAAUGGAGCACUCAUAUCACAGCCCUAAAUUCAAAACUAGCAAAAUUUAGCUAUGUAGUAAGAAUUCUCCGCAACAGUACUAGUGCAGAAACAGUUAGGGCUGUAUACUUUGCUCAUGUACAUUCAUCUAAUAUUGAUGAAGUCAGUAACUUUAUUAUAUAUAGUGUCUUAAUUGACUUUCAAGUAUUUGAUCCCAGCCUAUGGAAACUUUUCUCUGGGAAUCACAAGAAAAGCAGAUUGCUGAAUAAAACUUUCACAUUUCCCUCUAUACAGCUAGUGGCUCUGGAUAUACUUGUCUGUUCUAAUGUACAUAAUGCAAGCUUUUUUUUUUUAUAUAAUGCCCUGAGCUAUUCCAGUCGUGUUGUGUUCCUUCAUUCCCAAUUCCUUGGUACAGAUUUUCCAUUCCUCUUAGAAAACUUAUAUGCCUGA